GCCGAGCAUCUGGAUUGUCGUGGAAGGGUAGGGUGAGUCGACGAAAGUAUCAGCCUCACUCCUCCAACCAUCCGCCAUGUCCAUCACAAUCCCACACCCGGAGCCACCCCAUACCCAUCCAUGCAAGGGCAAAAACCCCCCCAAUCCGCAUACCGACUAACACCAAAAACCCCCUCGCAUCCUCCCGAAAGAAACCCCCGUCCCACAAAUCCCCUUCCCACACACCCGCAUCCCCGAUCCGUCCGUUCGCCCUAUGUACCUACGUCCAACCACUACCACCACUUCCAGCGCCCUCCGACGCAACGUCUCCCACCAUCAUGCCGAAAGUCUAAGCACAAAAGGGCCCGAUGUGCGCGCAUCAACCCCCCGGGGGGGGCUGCGUCAAAGCUUAUCACCACCACAUGCCCUGCUUUACACGCACUUGAUACCGGGACCUCACCACGGGUACCCAAUGCCCAAGGCGCAACCAAGUUCCAAGACCGUGUUGUAAAACAGCGAAACGCCAGGGCCCGUGGCGGAGUCUUUGCGCCUCUCUCUCUCUCUCCGCGGAUCAAUCUCAGCUGUCUAUGUGUGUGUGUACCGACCGGUAUGCGUAUAUGUGAGUGUGCACGUGUGCACACAUAGGGCAGGGCGACCGUCUAGGCCGUGGUUGGCAGAAAAGGCGACCCUGGCCGUCGUGGUCGUGGUGCGGCAGUUGAGGAGAGGGUCGGCAGGAUG